AUGUCCCACCACUGCUCUCCCAGGAACCGCUCGGCCAGGCCGGCGGCCGGAGCCUGCCCCGUCCCGGGGGUCCCUGUGGUCCCGGUGACCGCGGGCACCACGCACGAUGCCGACUGCCUGAGCGGCAUCUGCCUGCCCAGCUCCUUCCAGACCGGCUCCUGGCUGCUGGACCACUGCGGGCAGGAGCCCAGCUGCGAGCCCCCCGCCUGCCAGCCGAUGUCUCGCAUCCCCAGCCCGGGACGGGUGGCCUGUUCUCGACAGACCGCCUGUGUCUCCAGCCCCUGCUCGGCGGCCUGCAGCCGGCCGCUCACCUUCGUGUCCAGUAGCUGCAAGCCCCAGGGCGGCACCCCCGCUGCGUGCCAGCCGGGUGGUGGUGCCCCCAGGACGUACAAGCGGCCCUGCGUGUCCAGCUGCCGAAGAACUUGCUGA